AUGUUGGUCACCUCUUCACAAUCAUCAACUCAACGGCCAUUGGGUUUAUCGGUAGAAGAACUCUUUGCUUUAGAUCGUCAAUAUCGUCGUAUUGAACAACAACAACAUUUAGCACAAUUACAAAAUCAAGCACGUGUAACAUCAUCGAAUUUAAAUCGUUUAAAUAGUCGUUCACUUGAUCUUAUAUCAUCAACAAAUCCUCAUCUUACUGUUCUACCAUCACUUGAAGUACAUGGUCAUGGAUAUACUCAUCGACUACAACCACCAUCUCCAUCCGUUGUAAAUUAUGCACGAUCACAUUCAAUUGAUCAACUCAGAUAUACACCACCAGUAUUUUCAACAUCUUCAUCUCAAUUAUUAAAACCUACAUAUAAUCAACGAUCAAUCAUAAAUGAUACUGUACAACAAAAUUAUUAUUCUAAAAAUCGAACUAAUUUACAGCAUCCACUUAUGGCUACCGGUACGCCGCCAUCUUUGGGAAAUAACGUCAUGUAUGGUAUUCCUCCAUCAUCAAAUGAUCAUAAUGAUAUACGAAAUUCUUGUAAAUUACGUCGACAACAACCUAUUAAACGUGAAUCAUCACGUCGUAUUGUUGUUCGACCUGUUGUACAAAGACGACGAGAACCAUCAAUUAGUUCAUCAUGUGAAUCAUUAGAUGAAUUACGUUCACCUACUACUACUACUACUCGUCAAAUUCCAACAGAACAGUCAAAUAUUUCUAAUCAAUCUGUACUAUUUACACCAUCAUCACUAUUAACAACUAAUAUUAUGGAUGAAUCAAAGAAAAAAACAAAUAAUUUGAUACGUUCAUCAUCAAAUAAUGAUUCAUUAUCUGAUGAUAGUGAUAUAAAUCUAUAUGAAAUGCGUGUACCGAUUGGUAAAACAUAUGAUACAUCAGAUAUAAGUGUACAAUUAGAAGGACCAAAAAUUUUAAUACAUUGUCAUACAAUAGAACCAACAGAUAAACGUGGAAAUUAUCGUAAACAUGAAUUUAAAACUGAAUUAUUAGUACCUGAUGUUGUUGAUGAUGAAACAAUUGUUGCUUAUUUAACUGAAGAUGGACAAUUAAUUGUUGAAGGUAAAUAUCAACCAUGGGCAUGGGAAGAAAUUAAACGAAAAAGAAAAAUUGAACAACAAGAAUUAAAAUCUUCUUCAUCUGCAUUUCUUCAACAAAACUCAACUCUACCAUCACCAUCACCAUCGGUUUCUGUACCAUCAACAAAUUCUACUUUAGCAUCGACAAGAAAUGAUGGAGGUAGAAUUGAAACAUUAAAUAAUAAUCGAACUGUGGUACAUAUUGGUGAACCACCAUCAUCAUCAUCAUCACAACAAUGUACAGAUACAAAAAGUGUAAGUGAUAUAAUCAAUCGUUUUAACACAUUAAAUACAAUGCCUAAACCAACUAUAUGGGAUGGACAAUAUACAUUUACAAAUGAUAUUCCACCUCUUCUUAUAUAUCAUCUUCGUUUACCAUUUGAAACUUUAAUGGAUUCUAUACGUAUACAAUCUGAUCCAGAAUUAAAUUUAUUAAAAAUUUUUAUUGAACAACAAGAGAGAAAUUUAUUACCACAAUAUGAACAACAACAACAAAAUAAAAUAAUAAUACGUUCAACAUCACGUUUUUGUCGUCUACCAAGAGAUCAUACAUAUGAUUAUACGCAUUUACGUGUCAUAUUUCUUAAAGAUAAUUUUAUUCGUAUUGAAUUACCUACAAUAAAUUAA